UUUCCCCCCAGCCCCGCUGGGCCAGAUCCCCGGGAGCUGCUCUCUGGCUCCUUGGCUUGUGGCUGUGGGUCCCGCCAGGUCCGCGCUCCGCACAUCGCUCCGGGACCCCCGUCGCCCCCGCGCCCUCUGCCCGCGAGGCCGGGGCCGCAGACCCGCAGUCGCCCCCCUCUCGUCUACUGCAGUUCCUGCUGCCUCCAGCUCCUAAGACGAGAUGCCGUCGGGCUUCCAACAGAUCGGCUCAGAAGAUGGGGAACCCCCCCAGCAGCGAGUCACUGGGACCCUGGUCCUCGCAGUAUUCUCUGCUGUGCUUGGCUCCCUGCAGUUCGGCUACAACAUUGGGGUCAUCAAUGCCCCGCAGAAGGUGAUUGAACAGAGCUACAAUGAGACGUGGCUGGGGAGGCAGGGGCCUGAGGGGCCGAGCACCAUCCCACCAGGCACCCUCACCACCCUCUGGGCUCUCUCCGUGGCCAUCUUUUCUGUGGGCGGCAUGAUCUCCUCCUUCCUCAUUGGCAUCAUCUCUCAGUGGCUGGGAAGGAAGAGGGCAAUGCUGGUCAACAAUGCCCUGGCAGUGCUGGGGGGCAGCCUCAUGGGCCUGGCCAACGCUGCUGCCUCCUAUGAGAUGCUCAUUCUUGGACGGUUCCUCAUUGGCGCCUACUCAGGGCUGACGUCGGGGCUGGUGCCCAUGUACGUGGGAGAGAUCGCCCCUACUCACCUUCGGGGUGCCUUGGGGACGCUCAACCAACUGGCCAUCGUCAUUGGCAUUCUGAUUGCCCAGGUGCUAGGCUUGGAGUCCCUGCUGGGCACUGCCACCCUAUGGCCACUGCUCCUGGGCAUCACAGUGCUGCCUGCCCUCCUGCAGCUGGUCCUGUUGCCCUUCUGCCCAGAAAGCCCCCGCUACCUCUACAUCAUCCGGAACCUGGAGGGGCCCGCCAGAAAGAGUCUGAAGCGCCUGACGGGCUGGGCUGACGUGUCUGGAGUGCUGGCUGAGAUGAAGGAAGAGAAGCGGAAGCUGGAGCAUGAGCGGCCACUGUCCCUGCUCCAGCUCCUGGGCAGCCAUGUCCACCGGCAGCCCCUGGUCAUCGCAAUUGUGCUACAGCUCAGCCAGCAGCUGUCGGGCAUCAACGCUGUUUUCUAUUAUUCAACCAGCAUCUUCGAGACGGCAGGCGUAGGGAAGCCAGCCUAUGCCACCAUAGGAGCUGGUGUGGUCAACACAGUCUUCACCUUGGUCUCGGUGUUCUUGGUAGAACGGGCUGGGCGCCGGACACUCCAUCUCCUGGGCCUGGCAGGAAUGUGUGGCUGUGCAAUCUUGAUGACCGUGGCUCUGCUUCUGCUGGAGCGAGUUCCAGCCAUGAGCUACGUCUCCAUCGUGGCCAUCUUUGGCUUUGUGGCGUUCUUUGAGAUUGGCCCUGGCCCCAUCCCCUGGUUCAUCGUGGCUGAGCUCUUCAGUCAGGGACCCCGCCCAGCAGCCAUGGCUGUGGCUGGCUUCUCCAACUGGACGUGCAACUUCAUCAUUGGCAUGGGUUUCCAGUAUGUCGCGGAUGCUAUGGGUCCCUACGUCUUCCUUCUAUUUGCGGUCCUCCUGCUUGGCUUCUUCAUCUUCACCUUCUUAAGAGUGCCUGAAACCCGAGGCCGGACGUUUGACCAGAUCUCAGCCGCCUUCCGCCGGACACCAUCUCUUUUAGAGCAGGAGGUGAAGCCCAGCACGGAACUGGAGUACUUAGGGCCAGACGAGAAUGACUGAGGGCAGGCAGGAGUGGGAGAGCCAGAGCUCUCUACGCCCCGAGUCCCCUCCUUCCUCUGCAGCACUUUAACCUUCUCUUCCCCAUUACUUCCAGGGUGGAGAAAACCCUGCAGCCUGGUGGAAUUGGGAAGCUGGAGGGAAGGGUGGUCUGAGCACCCCCUCAUUCCCCUCGUGUGACUCUUGGAUUAUUUAUGUGUUGUGGUUAGGCUGUGGCCAUCAGGGUGGGCCAUUCUCCCCUCUCGUCCCCUCCUUCCUCCAUAGUCCACCCCCACCCCUCCCAGCCUCAGCUCCAGUAUACUUCGUCCCCCUGCUAGAGAAGGGGGAUUGGAGGGAGGGGAGGCUCUAGGACUGACUUUUUAGUGGAGGGGAACUGAAGCCAAGAGCAGGACUGGAGAAGAGAAAUUGAGUUUCCUGCCACCUUGGACUCCUCCUACUCACUGGCACUUUCUCUGAAUUCUUGCCACAUAGACUCUGGGUGAAGGGGUGGUCUGUCCUGACCCCUCCAGGGCAAAGGACGCACCCUCCCAAGGUCUAACCUCACCUCUCUCACUGCAGGCUCAGUCCUCUCGCUCGACCUUCCAGGGCGAGAGGGAACACGUGCCCAUAUGCGGCGACAAGAAGGGACAGCAGGCUCCUGCCUCUAGACUUAGGGCUCUGGGUCCUACCCUGACUGCUCCCCAAGGCUGCCAGGCGGGGGUCCCAGCUCUUUCAUCCUCCCUCAUCCUGGAAGGGUGUUGCACCCACAGACUUUUGACCAACUAAAGGAAAGAGGGAUUUGAAAGGCUGCCUGUAAACACUGGGCUGGGAGGACCCUUCAGAUAUUUUUGUAUAUGUUUGAAAAAGGAGUAGGGAGAAGAAACUGAAGGUCUGUUGUACUGAAUGUAUAUAUAUAGAUACGUAUAUAAAGUCACUGUUUGA